AUGGCGGCCCGGGCGCGCCGUGCCUCGGGGUCGGUUCCUCGUCACGAAACCGGCACGAUCCAAUGGAUUUCUCUUUUUCCUCUUGAUGGUCUAGGAGUGGGGUUUGCAACACGACAGGUGGGGAAUGUGACUAAACCCACUGUGAUUAUCAGCAGCGAGGGGGACAAAGUAGUGAUCAGGACUCAAAGCACUUUCAAAAACACAGAAAUCAGCUUUAAGCUUGGAGAGGAAUUUGAUGAAACUACCCCCGAUGAUAGAAACUGCAAAUCAGUUGUGACCCUGGAUGGAGACAAGCUAGUGCACGUACAGAAGUGGGACGGCAAAGAGACAAACUUUGUGAGAGAAAUAAAGGAUGGCAAAAUGGUAAUGACUCUCACCUUUGGUGAUGUGGUUGCUGUUCGCCACUAUGAGAAAGCGUAGAGUUUGCCUCACCUCUGUCCAGAUGUUACUUCUGCUGGAUGGAUUAAUGUACUGUCCAUAAUCGAACAUAGCUAAAAUGCACAUUUAUGACAUGAAAGGUUAAUAAAGAGUUGGGGGGGAGUGUUUUUCUAAAAGAAACAAAAAAAAAAAACCCGAACAACUUUAUGCCAUCAAUUUGACAAGCUUGUGCUGUAUAGUGAAACAGGUUAAACUUGGCAUUAUAUUUCUGAAACACUUGCCUCUUUUUUUACAGUAAAUGGAACCUAUUUGAAUUGUUUUGGAAUGCAGAUCAAACAUAUUAAAAAGUUUUUUCAACCUGUGCUCCUUUUGCAUUUAAUCAGCUAAUAUUCCAGUAUUCUGAAGGGAGUUGUUGAAAGUUCCUUUUUCAGUUAAACAGAAAAUCAUGUGUUGCACAGUGCUGUAACAGCAUCUCUGUGUGGUGUAGAGUACAUAGGAACUGAAAAAUUGCAUUCACUCCACUUGAGUGGCUUCUUUUUGCUGCAGAAAUCUGAAGCCCCUGUCGUGAUAUGUGUAGGCAGAGAAGUGAGAGGCUCAAGCCACUUUCAGCUCCUCUCUUCGCUGGGAACUUGUUAUCCGGUGCAUGCUAAGGACAAUAGGUAGACAGUCUUUGAUGUCAGUUAUGAGAGUUUUUAAUUUGUUUUGGUGUGUUUUUGUUAAUAUACAAAAGAUUGAAGGAAAUCAAAGUGUUCCCCAGGGUGGGAGGAAAGGACCAACAUGAUAAAGGACAGGACUGGGGGCAUGAACCUAUAGUACAAAACUUACCUUUCAUUAGCGUCCACGGGUGUGGGAGGAAA